AUGCCCCCCGCCGGUGGUAAACGUUACCUGACCUCUACGGCGGUCUUCCUCGUCGAAGUGGUUAAGCUGGCCAUCUCCCUCACAAUGGCGCUUUAUGACGUUUCCAAGACCGCACCACCUUCGAUGCCCGCCACCUCCCUCUUUUUCUCCCUCACAAGCACCGUGUUCUCAGGCGAUAGCUGGAAACUCGCAAUACCUGCCGGGCUCGAGGUCUUGUCCAACUCCCUCCUGUUCAUUGCGCUAUCGAACCUACGAGCUGCGUCGUUCCAAAUUACAUUCCAGCUGAAGUUCCUUACAACUGCAGUCUUUGGUCUGAUGCUCCUGAAACGGAGCAUCCCACCCCGCAAGUGGGGCCUGCUUUUGCUUCUCGUGGUGGGCGUGGCAUUGGUGCAAAUCCCCGAUGCAAGCCCCGAGCAGAUGCUGCAGGACGAUCAUGCUAGCCAUCAUUUCCCUCGAUCCUUGGAGGAAUGGAAGGCUGCAAAGCAAGGUGCUGGUUCUGGAAGCAGUCUACAAAAGCGGUCUGCAACGUACGAGGGGAUCGAAGAGGAUAUCCUGACGGCCGACCCACAUUUAAACCCCACAAUUGGUCUCCUUGCGACCGUCGGAGCGUCUUUGGCUUCUGGACUUGCGAGUAUUUAUUUCGAAAAAGUCCUGAAGGACAGCUCGAGCCAUAUCUCACUGUGGGUUCGCAAUGUGCAAUUAGCUAUUUACUCCGUCUUCCCGGCUCUCUUCAUUGGGAUUGUCUUCCGGGAGGGCGAAAUGAUCGCUGAAGAUGGCUUCUUCCAAGGCUACAACUGGGCGGUGUGGUCUACCAUCAUCAUCCAGGCUUUGGGUGGUAUCUUUUCUGCAUUCUAUGUCAGCCACGCGCAAAAGGACGCAAGGAGUCUGGCCACAACUGCCAACAUCAUUUUGAGCAUUGUUGGAAGCAUCUGGCUAUUUGACUUUGAGGUCAAUGCAAGCUUCCUCCUGGGCUCCGCUGCAGUCCUGGUAGCAACUCACUACUAUGGAAAUCCCACCUUCAACCCUGUGAUGGGUGCCUCGCGUCCACCUCCAAUCCGCAUCGACGCCUACGAAAAGGACCCCGCAGGUCCCGAUGGUUCCCCGGUGGCGCCUCCCAAUGACUUUUCAAUCAAACUUCCGACCUCACCUUUCCUCUCUGACGGCAUGUCGUCAUCCCGUCCCACCUCACCCGCACCGGGCCAUACUAGAUUGCCCUCCCAGAGGCGCACAAAUACUUGGUCCCCAUCCGGGAGUAGUAGAACUGCUAUCAACGACUUGGCAUCAUCAGCCCAGGAUGAUGAUGUUCAAUUGGAUGCUUUCGACCUGGAACUACUAGCCUCAGAGGAUAGAGAGGAGCCUGUUCAAGAUUCAGGUUUUGGAGUUCCUAGAUCUACGCCGCUCCAAGCGUCUCGCCAGCCUGAUCUACAACCCCCACAGUUCUCUCGUUUCUUCCAGCCAAGCCCAAGCAUUGCUUCUCGCUGGAAUGGGUCCAGUUCAUCGGACCCUGUAAUGGGGCCUCCCUCGAGCCCAUUGGCUUUGUUCUGCCAGAAAAAAGAUGGGACACGGAUGGGACAACGCACUCUUGAGUCCAACCGUGACCCAUAUCAUGAUGAGACUAGUCAAUCCUCGCCUCAGGAACCGAUCGCUCACGCGAGCCCAGACGCUUUGACUAGCAAUAAACAAUAUCGAAGCCCGUUUAGCAACAUCCCACCCUCCGUGCAGGGAAUCGUACUCGUAUCAGUAAAUGACCUACCGGAGAACUACCGCUCGAUGUUUCCAUUUCCACUUUUCAACGCUAUCCAAUCCAAGUCCUUCCACUCCGUAUACAAUAGUAACGACAACAUAGUCCUGUCCGCACCAACCGGCAGCGGCAAGACGGUGGUGAUGGAAUUGGCCAUCUGCAGACUCCUGAACACCCUCAAAGACGAACGUUUCAAAGUUGUCUACCAAGCGCCCACCAAGUCCCUCUGCAGCGAGCGCUUCCGAGACUGGCACACCAAGUUCUCCAGCUUGAAUCUGAAGUGCGCAGAACUGACCGGAGACACGGACCACAUGCAGCUGCGCAACGUCCAGAGUAGUCAGAUAAUAAUCACCACGCCGGAGAAGUGGGAUAGCAUGACCCGGAAAUGGAAAGAUCAUAUGAAAUUGAUGCAGAUCGUGAAGCUUUUUCUCAUUGACGAAGUACAUAUUCUGAAGGAGACGCGUGGGGCUACACUUGAGGCUGUGGUUUCUCGUAUGAAGAAUAUCGGAUCGAAUGUGCGAUUUGUGGCACUGAGUGCUACUGUUCCCAACUCUGAGGAUAUUGCUACCUGGCUUGGGAAAGAUGCGACGAAUCAGCAUGUUCCUGCGCACCGCGAGCAUUUCGGCGAGGAGUUUCGUCCUGUCAUGCUGAAGAAGUUUGUCUAUGGGCACCCGUCAAGCUUGAAUGACUUUGCAUUUGAUAAAGUCUGCGGCUCAAAGCUUUGGAAGGAACCCAAGAAGCGCCUGGAAGCUCAUAACGAAGACCUCAAGACAACACUCCCCUCUGGCGUAGCAUUCCAUCACGCCGGUCUGGGCCCCGCUGAUCGCCACACUGUUGAGACAGGCUUCAGAGACGGGCAUAUAAGCGUCAUAUGCUGCACGUCUACACUUGCAGUUGGAAUCAACCUGCCUUGCCACCUCGUGAUAAUCAAGAAUACCGUUAGUUGGCAAGAUGGAGGCUGCAAGGAGUACUCCGAUUUGGAGAUGAUGCAGAUGCUCGGCCGCGCAGGCCGGCCUCAAUUCGACGACAGUGCGACAGCAGUCAUCCUCACCAGAAAGGAACGCGUAGCCCACUACGAGAAACUGGUCCAGGGAUCUGAGAGCUUGGAGAGUUGCUUGCAUCUGAAUCUGAUUGAUCACCUCAACGCUGAGAUUGGCCUAGGCAAUAUCUCAGACGUCGAAUCGGCUGUCAAAUGGCUUGCUGGUACAUUCUUGUUUGUGCGACUUCGUCGAAACCCAACACACUACAAGCUCAAGGAAGGCGCAAACCAGGAUGACGAGGACGAGUUGCUUCGUCAAAUAUGCGAGAAGGAUAUAGAUCUCCUUCGAAAAUGCGGCCUGGUCGAAGCUGAGAGCCUUUGUUCAACCCAAUUUGGCGAGGCUAUGGCUCGGUACUACAUCCAAUUCGAGACUAUGAAGAUUCUAUUAUCGCUGAAGCCAAAAGCAUCUGUGUCUGAAACUCUUAACGUGAUCGCACAAGCCGAAGAAUUCCGCGAGAUCCGCCUCAAAGCCGGCGAGAAAUCACUCUACCGAGAGAUCAACCGUGAUCCAGGGAUUCGAUUUCCAAUCAAAGUCGACCUAGCACUGCCAGCGCACAAGAUCUCAUUACUGCUUCAAUCCGAGCUGGGGGGAAUUGAGUACCCCGACAAUGAACAACUCCAAAAGCUCAAAUUUACCUUCCAGCAAGACAAAAGUCUAGUAUUUGCGCACGUCAACCGCCUAAUCCGCUGCUUGAUUGACUGCCAAAUUGCCCGCGGCGACUCAAUCGCCAUCCGUAACGCCCUCGAGCUGGCCCGGAGUUUUGGGGCAAAGGUCUGGGACCACUCGCCUCUCCAAAUGAAGCAGAUAGAGCAAGUGGGUGUAGUGGCAGUUCGGAAGUUGGCUGCUGCUGGGAUUACCAGUAUUGAAGGUUUGGAAUGUGCGGAGCCUCAUCAGAUCGAGAUGGUUCUUAGUAAGAAUCCGCCUUUCGGGUCAAAGUUGCUUUCGAGGUUGAAGGAUUUUCCGAAAUUGAGGAUUUCUGUGAAGAUGCUUGGAAAAGACGUGAAGAUUAACUGUGUCAAUGUCCGAUUCAAGGUUGAAGUCGCGUUCAUGAAUGACACAACCCCGAGGUUCUUCCAGCGUCGCCCGGUUUACGUGUGUUGCUUGAUAGAGAGGUCUGAUGGCCAUAUGAUUGAUUUCAGACGCGCAAGUGCAACUAAACUUCAAGAGAAAUUGGAAAUGGAACUUACCACGGACUUGACGAGUGCCGAGCACUUUAUUGCCUGCCAUGUUAUGUGCGAUGAGAUUGCGGGAACAUCGAGAAAAGCUGAGCUCCAACCUAGCCUGCCAUCUCACUUCUUUGCUGGUGUGCGAGAUAAAAAUGGCGAUGCCCGAAAGACUGAAACCUCGAGCCUACCACCUCGUCCGAUUAAAGGGAAUUUGAAUCCCAAAGACACAGAGAAACCGAAGAGCAACACAUCUCGUCCCCACGAACGAGAUAUGAAUAGCACCAAGACCAAGCCUCGGCGAGAUGUUGACGAUUUUGAUGGUGAUGACUUGCAGCUCGAUGAUUUCCUCGUUGCGGAUGAACGCCGUGAGAAAGCAAAGGAACCCACAAAGCCACAGCCUCGAGAGUUCGAUGAUAUUGAUUGGUUCUCAAUCGACUCAACUCCACCAAGCCCAGCCAAAGCAGCACCGAAAGCCCCGAAUCCGCGAGAAGAUGACUGGGGGAUUGAUAUGGACGAGCCAGAAAAUGAGUACGAGCCAGUUAGACUUGCGAAUGGCAAAUGGGCUUGCAACCACAAAUGCAAAGACAAGACAAGCUGCAAACAUUUCUGCUGCCGAGAGGGCUUGGAAAAGCCCCCGAAGCCCCCGAAGCGGUCCAUCCCCAUGACUCAAAAGGAAACUGGUCUCAAUCAACUGACUAUCUCCAACCAUGUUUCGAAAGCGAAGAUGAUAUCGACGCCGCAAGUUCGAAACAAGAACGCAAGUCGAGAGAAGUCUGUCCUCUCAGAGAGGGACAAGAAUAUUCCUUCGUACAAGAGAAAGAGGGAAAAGAGUCCGGCGAAACCUCUAUCCAGUGAUUAUGGCGAUGAAACAUUUGAUGAUCUCCCAUCUCCCUCAUGUCUUCUCGGGAACAAGGGAUCGGGGUUUGCAACAUCGGUUUCUCCAGUCGUGGAUCAUCAACCGAAGAACAACAUCACAGAUGCUCCGGCCAUGGAAACAAAGCACACAGAACCCAAGCCGUCUGUUCCAUGUUCCGAUCUCCCACAUAAGGAUGAAACCAAACAGUCCACAUCCAAGCCCAAACAUGAGAUAAUUGAGAUCCCAGACGACACACCACCAAACUCAAUGGAACUACCAGUGACGACACCGACAGACAAACACUCUCCCGUCAAGCAGAGCACGGUGCCACUUCCAACGGAAAAAGACUCACCCGCCAACCUGAAACGGAAAGCAGGUGAACCCCAAAAUGAAGAGCAGAACAAGCGGGUGAAGCAAAGUCCCUUUGUUACUGAUUCAGAGUCUCACACUUCAAACAUCUUGAACAACGAACAACCACCGAGCCCUGAGGAGCCUGGGUCUCCUGUCGCUGCAUUUAUCGACGGUCGAAUUGAUUUUACUGCAACAUGGGACGAUGGAAUUGAUCUGCUUGAUGAGUUCAAGGAUAUUAUUAAAUUAAUAUAG